AUGCCUCCAGCCGCGACUCGCGAUCCGGCCAUGGCCAAUGGAAGAAGCACAAACGGCCACUUGCACGUCAAUGGCAAUGGCGCCACCAACGGCGGCUCCCAUGCCGUCAUGUCGCAUCGCGUGAGCCCCUCGCGCAAGCAGUCCAGCCCUAUGGCCCCUGCUUUCAUGGUCUCGGCCCCGGGCAAGGUUCUCAUGUUUGGCGAGCACUCUGUCGUCUACGGCAAGCCCGCCAUUGCUGCCGCCAUUUCUCUACGAUCCUAUCUCCACGUCACGACCCUCUCCAAGUCGAGACGGACCGUUUCCCUGCGAUUCCCCGACAUCGACCUCAUCCACUCCUGGAACAUUGACGACCUGCCCUGGGACAUCUUCCACCGCGCCGAUAAGAAGAAAUCAUACUACUCCCUCGUCACCGAACUGGACCCUGAGCUCAUCGACGCCCUCCAGCCCCAACUCGAUGUCGUCUCGCUCGACCAUCCGGAGGAGAUUCGCAAGGUCCAUAAGAAUACCGCCUCUGCCUUUCUCUACCUUUUCCUUUCUCUCGGCAUGCCCUCGUUCCACGGCUGUCUCUACACACUUCGCUCCACCAUUCCCAUUGGCGCCGGUCUCGGAAGCAGCGCCUCCAUUUCCGUCUGCAUGUCCGCCGCCCUGCUGCUCCAGCUGCGAACCCUGUCCGGCCCCCAUCCCGACCAGCCCCAUGAGGAAGCCCGCCUGCAGGUCGAGCGCAUCAACCGAUGGGCCUUUGUUUCCGAAAUGUGCAUUCACGGCAACCCCUCGGGAGUAGACAACACCGUCGCCACCCAGGGUAAGGCUGUCGUCUUUCAGCGCAUCGACUAUGCCAAGCCCCCAGCCGUCCGUCCUCUUUGGGACUUUCCCGAGCUGCCUCUGCUUUUGGUCGACACCAGGCAGCCCAAGUCUACUGCCCACGAGGUCGCCAAGGUCGGCAAGCUCAGGGACGCUCACCCUAAGCUGGUGAAUUCUAUCCUCGAAGCCAUGGACCGUGUCACCGUGUCAGCUGGUGAAGUCAUUGACCACGAGGACUUUGACGAGGAAGAGGAGGAGUCUCUACAAAAGGUCGGCGAGCUGAUGAAUAUCAAUCAUGGCCUGCUGGUGUCGUUGGGCGUCUCUCAUCCUCGCCUGGAGCGCGUGCGAGAGCUGAUUGACCAUGAAGGUAUUGGCUGGACCAAGCUCACAGGUGCUGGCGGUGGCGGAUGCUCCAUUACCCUGUUGCGGCCUGGUGUCGACCAGGCCAAGGUUGCCAGGAUGGAGAAGCGCCUGGAGGAUGAAAACUAUGCCAAGUUUGAGGCCACGCUCGGCGGCGACGGCGUCGGCGUGCUCUGGCCUGCCGUUCUCAAGAAUGGCACGGACGAAGACGAAGAGGGUGGCAUGGAAAUUGACCUUGAAAAGUUUCUCAGCGCCGAGGGUACCGAGGGUGUCGAGCAGCUCGUGGGUGUGUACGGCGGCGGCCUCGAGCGCGAAGGCUGGAAGUUUUGGCGCAUCGAGAGCAAAUAA